AUGCCUAACUCUACUACAGUGACUGAAUUCCUGCUUAUGAGAUUUUCUGAUGUGUGGGAGCUCAGAGUCUUGCAUGCCAUGCUAUUCUUACUGAUGUACUUGAGUACCCUGCUGGGAAACCUUCUGAUUGUCACAGUAACCACUUUUGACAAGAAUCUUCAUACCCCUAUGUAUUUCUUCCUUAGGAAUUUAUCUGUCCUUGACAUGUGCUACAUUUCUAUCACUGUACCCAAGGCAUGUACCAUCUUCCUGUUUGACAACAGAGCAAUCUCUAUAGUUGAAUGUGCAGCUCAGAUAUUUCUUGUGGUUUUAUGUGCUAUUGCAGAGGUGCUGUUUCUCACCAUCAUGGCCUAUGACCGCUAUGUGGCCAUCUGUCAUCCCCUCCACUAUCCUGUGAUCAUGAAUCCUCGUUUCUGUAUACAGAUGACACUGGCCUCUAUAUUCAGUGGUCUGAUCUAUGCCAGUGUGCACACUGGAAACACAUUCCGGUUGUCUUUCUGUCACUCUAAUGUGGUCCAUCAGUUCUUUUGUGACAUACCUUCUUUGCUAAAGCUCUCUUGCUCUGACAUCUUAAUCAAUGUGGUUAUAAUAUUUUUCUCUGCCCUAGUGAUUGUUGGUAGUUGCUUUUUCUUCAUCAUCAUGUCUUAUGUUCGCAUAUUUUCUGCUGUGCUUAAAUUUCCAAAUGUAGGAGAGAGAAGAAAAGCCUUUUCCACCUGUAUACCUCAUAUUAUUGUGGUGACAGUCUUUGUCACCUCAGUGAAUUCUGUGUAUAUGAAGCCAACCUCCAACUCACCCACAGUUCAGGACAUGAUCAUUUCUGUUUUCUACUCUAUAGUCCCUCCUUUCCUAAAUCCUAUUAUCUAUAGUCUUAGGAACAAGCAAAUUAAGGAUGCUGUUAGGAGAAUUAUGAGGAGGAUAUUCUAUUCAGAAAAACAAUAA